AUAGAGUAAUUCGUUUCAAUCUGUUUUCGGAUGCAUCCGUACAUUUUCGGAUCAAUCCGAAAUAUAUUUCGGAUGCAUUCGUUAUAUCACACCCGUCCAUUAUUUCGUACACAUUCGUUACAUUUGGCGCAUUCGUUACUUCGGACAUAUUCGUUAUUUCGGUCGCAUUCGUUAUUUCGGCCGCAUUCGUUUUACUUUCGAAUUCGGCAAAUUACAUUAUUCGUUUUAUGUUGCUGUAUUCCUAACGAUUAACGAAAACAGCCGAAGUAAAGUUAGGCCAGGUCAGUCAGGGGCUCAGAGUUUUCACCCAGUGGCCCAGAUUUAUCAAACUGUGUGAGAGAAAGAGUGGAGUGGUCUGGUCUCCCAUAGCAACCAAUCACAGUUCAGCUUUCACUUUACCAGAGUUCAUUAUCUGACAUGUGAUUGGCUGUUGUGGUCACUCCCCUUUUUCUCUCACACAGAUUGAUAAAUCUUGCCAGCGUGUACUGAGAGUGAGAAAUUGAUUGUAUUGUGCGUAAAUUGUGUGAAAAAAACAAUGUCUGGAAUGAGAGAAAUUGUGUCUGUGGUGUCUGGGAGAGACGAUGGUGAGGAUGAGCGUGCUGUUGUGGAUGUGAGUGAUAGAGCAUGUGUGAGUGAGCGUGCUGUUGUGGAUGUGAGUGAUAGAGCAUGUGUGAGUGAGCGUGCGGAUGAUGUGUCUGAGUGUAGUGGUGGCGUGGAGAGGAGAGGAGAGAAGAGGAGGAGUAAAGUCCGAGCAUGUCCAAUCGCAAGACAAAGUGGUUGGACAAUAUCGGACUCUGGCAGUGGCAGCCAUACAUCUGAGUCUGAGAGUCUGCACUCAGUGGGAGUCCCACCAGCCAAAAAACAAAGAGGGCCGAAAUUCACGGAGGCAGAGAACGUAGCACUGGUGGCUGCUGUUAGCACAGAAAAAUCCGUGUUAUUCAACACGACAGUGGGCACCCAGGAGAAGAUGGCCGCCUGGAGCCGGGUGAGGGAGAAAGUGUCCCAAGUUGCAAGUGGCACAGCGGACAGGACAGUUCUCAGCAUCAGGCAUCGGUACUAUGACUGCAGGGCAUCAGUCCUCAAAAAAAUAAAAAAGCAGCAGCAGAGGAGGAACAUCAACUUCAAGAACUGGGAGCUGGAGUUGAAGAAGCACCUCCUGCCAGAGGCUCAGACAUCCGAGGCAGAGAGAUCUGAUCAACAAGGCCAGGCUUCAUUAAGGAGUCACCAUGACAGUUCCCCACCAUCACCUGUCCUGUCACAUUUGGAGAGCCGGAGUGAGGUUGAGGCAGAUGAUAAUGUGCCAGUACCUGAGGAGGACAUGGGCCAACCCCUGAGCUCAGCUGCCUGUUCACCAGCUAUCCACAGUCCACCCAGUCCACUAUCUCCAACCCCAGCACCCGCAUCUGUCCCAAUGGACACGUACCUUAGGGUACUCCAAGAAAGGGACAGGUUGUCCAGGGAGACGAGGCACCUUGCACGGGAGAUGCGACGCUUGAAUAGGACCAUGCACCAACUUCACCGACGGCAGGCUGACGACAUCCAAGUGAUGUUGGCCCGGGUCAGCCAGCAGCACCUUCAGGCCACAGCACAGCUAAGGGUGGACCUCCUGACGGCAAUAUCAAGAAUCAGCCAAUCACCUCCAUUGGCUGACAGCAGCAGCAGCAACAAUGGGGAACCUUCACAAACCUAA